AAAGCGGGCUAGGGUGGAGUUAGGAAGGAAAGGAAGGAGUUUGAUGGCGAGACGCUCUACCUCACUUUUUCCUCCCUCCUUCCCUCCAUACCCGUAAGUUACCUCCAGCUGCGGCACAUGGCUCCCACUAUCCUCCUCCCUCACGCCCACACGCCCUGAAACAACAGAAAACAAGGAAAACAAUAAGAGGGCGUGUGUGUGUGUUUGUUUGUGAUACGUGGCUCAAUGUGGUUAUAUGGUGAGAGCAUCACAGGUGUGUGUGGGUCGGCCAGAGAGAUGAACACAGGCCAUGGCUACCAGGCAGGCAACUGCGUAACGUGCGGCGUCAGCACCCGGGCGCUGCAGGCUGAGGUGGAGGUGCUGAGGCGGAGGCUGCUGGACCGGGACGUGGCCAUCGUGCAGCUUGAGGCUCAGAUGGCACAGGACCGCCACCACCACCACCCCGCCGCCACCGCCUCCCCCUCGCCCGACCAGACCCAGCCGCCCCCGCCGCACCCCCACACCCACCACUACCCCCAGGGACAGGUGGCGGUCCUACGAGCACAGUGCGAUCAUUGGCAGGACAAAUAUGACAGACUGUUGGAGGCUCACAAGCGGCUCCAGAAGGUGAACCAGGGCCUGGAGGACAAGCUGCUGAGGCUGGUUGACCGAACCGAGAGCGAGAAGUCCAGCCUGACCGCCGAUACCGCCAACCUCACCACCGCCCUCACCACCGCCGCCCAGGCCAUCAACCGUCUCAAGCAGGAGAAUGAUCGCUACCGUAAUGACCUCAAUCUGGCCAUCCAACUCCUGCAAUGUAACCCCAGCAAGUAUGCCGCCCACAAGCUGGACUCGCUUCCAUCAGACCUGCAGCGUAAGGCCAAGUCCCGGCUGGCGAGGGAGCCGCGUGAGGCCCCCAAGCCCGAGGUGAAGGUGAUCAAGGUGCCCAUCCCUACCUUCCCCCCCACGGCCAUGGUAUACUCCGUCAAUAAGUAUGCAGAGGAGAACACUAAGGAGGAGCCCGUGGAUGCCGUGUCCGCAGCGAUCAUGGCGGCCGUGUUAGAGGAACGGCAGAAGGAACGUGCCCGACAACACUGCUCCACGUGUACCUGCGGCUCCCCCGGCACCCUGCACACCCCACACGCAUCCCCCCCGCACCCCGGCAGCGAGGACGACCCCAACGGCAACCCCCACAACCCUCACAACCCCCCUAGUUCACGGUCGCAGGGUAUCGGGGGGUUGGGGUUUAGGGUGAGCGUGGUUGAUGUCGGAACGCAAGUCUUCCCCUCGUACAUCGGGGAAACGGGGAAGGUGCAGUCCACGUGUAUAUACUGCCACCACUCCCCAAGGGCCCCGGUGCCACCCCAUAGCUCAGAGGUCAACGGGAAGGGGAGGUCAGGUCAUGAGGAUGGGGUGCCGAGCCGACCCCCUAAGACAGCCUCCCCAGAUUCAGCGUGGGAUUGGGCGGCUGAGGGUCAAGAUUCCGGGUCACCCUCCACCCCUUCGUCCCUCGUCAGUGCUUCCCUCAGCUACGAGAGUGAAACUAGCAAUGUCACAUCCCCCCAGGAGUCCCCCGGUCGCCUAUCCCUCCUCCCGACAUCCUCCAGUAAGCCGCAGGGGUGUGGGAGCCUUGGAGGUGGGUACAGUGUUGGUAGUGGGUGUACUGGGUUGUAUGGUAGUGGUGGGGGUGUGGCCGCAUCCCCGACGUCCCCACAUAGCUCACCGGAUGGGUAUGCGAUGGGGAAUGGAAUGCCCAGACACCUCCCUCCGCCAGUGUCAUAUCCCUCAUACCACCAGUCAUACCAUCCCCCCACCACCAUGAACAUACCACAUAGUCCGCCUGAUAUGUCCCCUUCCCCGCCCUCCACCACCACCCACUACAACCACAAACACCACCACUAUAAGUCUCACCACAACCACCACCACCGAUUACAGUUCAACGCACGCUCCCCCUCGCACGAUGUUUUCACCCCCCCCAUACACAGAUCGCCGCCCCAGAGACACAGGACGACAACGGAGCGAUCCUGGUCGCCUGAGGUCAUAGCGGCCAGCACCUACACAAGCUCCAGCACUGAAACCACCUUAUAAUCAACACCCUAAUCACUUUUUUCAUUGCCGUUUCUUCUUUUUUUUCAUCGAUGGUCACCUUGAAUCCUCCUCGUCCCAUACCCUUUGGACCUUAUAAUCAGCAUCCUAAUCCCUUUUUUUUUUUUUUUUACUGCGGUUCACCAUAAAUUCUCACCCCAGUCUGUCAUUAACACCCGUAAGGUUUAUUUUUACACUGUUUACCGUGAGCUUAACACCCUAAUUGGUUUUCCUAAUGAGCGUUUACCUGGAAUUCUCUACCUGGUCCAUAAUCAGUAUCCUAAUUGGCUCAUUUUGACACCUGUGGACCUCAGACUCAACACCUUAAUUGCUUUUCCUAAUGAGCGUUUACCUGGAAUUUCUACCUGGUCUGUAAUCAACAUCCUAAUUGGCUCAUUUUUACAUCUGUGGACCUUAGAAUCAACACCUUAAUUGCUUUUCCUAAUGAGUGUUUACCUGGAAUUCUCUACCUGGUCCCUAAUCAACAUCCUAAUUGGCUCAUAUUUACACCUGGGGCUUUAGACUCGACACCUGAAUUGCUUUUCCUAAUGAGCGUUUACCUGAAAUUCUCUACCUGGUCCCUAAUCAACAUCCUAAUUGGCUCAUAUUUACACCUGGGGCUUUAGACUCGACACCUUAAUUGCUGUUCCUAAUGAGCGUUUACCUGGAAUUCUACCUGGUCCAUUAUCAACAUCCAAAUCGCUUUUUUUUUCAUUAUUAUUAUUUUUACUCCUUCCGUCGUUAUUUCUCACCCGAUAGAGUAAAACCGUACCUCAUGGUCACCUUAAUUGCUUUCCGUACACCUUUACCUGUCCAGUACCUCCACCCGUUACACCCUCAUUGCUUUCCUCACACCUCUAUGCACUGACCCACUGAUUUCACCUACACCCGUAAGUCUAUAGAAUGGUACACACCUUGAAUGAAUCCUAACCUACACCUUUUUUUGUACCUUCCCCAUACACUUAUACAAGCAUUUACACUCAUACACUCCCUUUCACAUACAUUCCUUUCCUCCUAUACACCCCAAACUAAUGCUAACCUAAUAUACACGUCUUUUAUAGCUCGUCGUACAUACAUACUCACUCACACUCAUGCGUUUCAUUAUAUAGUUUUUCCCUUCUUUCUACACACCCCAAGCUAUACCUAACCUAAAGGAUAUGCUUCUUUGGACUUUAGACUGAACACCUUAAUUUUUUUAUCGCGGUUCAUCGUAAAUUCUCACCCCAGUCUGUCAUCAGCGCCCGUAAGAUUCAUUUUUACACCGUUUACCACGAGCUGAACAUCUUAAUUCCGUUUCCUAAUGAGCGUUUACCUGGAAUUCUCGCCUCGGUUCCUAUUCAACGUCCUAAUUGGCUCAUUUUUAUACCUGGGGAUUUGACGACACCUUGAGUUAUUUACGCCUGCCUACACACAUAUACACCCUGAUACACUUUCCUAUACAUUCCGUCCCUUUCUCUACACCCUAAACUUUUCCUGAACUGAUAUACACUUCUUCUACAUCUCCUCAUACACUUCUACAACUUAUUCACUUUUUUUCAUUAUUUCACAAAC